AUGAACAGUAUUAAAGACUCCCUGGCCCACCCUUUGGCGGGACACUGGGGUAAAGGUGCUUCUGAGUGGACGCUCUAUGCCCCUCAGCACCGUUCUUUCCUGCUCCUUCCACCACCACCAGGCAGGGGAAGGAAAGGGACUCCAGACAGCAGAGCGCUCACAGCCCAGUCACACUUGACUUCCUGCCCGAGCGACACCAUGCUGUCUAGCAAGCCACUGGGACUCUCCAGAAUGAUCCUUGCCCUCGCUCUGUUGGUGUACCUGGGCACUCUGACAGAGGGGGCCCCUUCCAAGCCCGAAGAUCCCUGCUCUGAGGACUUACCUGAAGCGAAAGUGGUUAAGCAGACUAAGAAGAAAACUAAUGAUGACGAUCUGAAGAGAUUAUUGCCUUUAAGAUUUGGAAAGCGAUCUGUCCCUGAGACACUGACUUCAAACCUCUUGAUGGGUGACACCAUAGACAAUGUCCCCAGAACUAGGUUCCACUCCAAGCCCAAUGAAGAACUGAACCCCAUCAUCGUUACCCCACCUAUUGAAGCCAUUGAUCAGGACCGGAAUAUACAGCCACCAUCAGAUCGGCCAGGCAUUCUUUAUUCUAUCCUUGUUGGUACCCCUGAGGAUUACCCACGGUUUUUCCAUAUGCAUCCUAGGACUGCAGUACUCAGCCUCCUAGAACCAGUAAACAGAGACUUUCACCAGAAAUUUGAUUUAGUUAUUAAGGCAGAACAAGACAAUGGUCAUCCUCUCCCAGCCUUUGCCAGCCUACACAUAGAAAUACUGGAUGAAAACAAUCAGAGUCCGUAUUUCACAAUGCCCAGUUAUCAAGGCUAUAUCCUGGAAUCUGCCCCAGUGGGAUCAACCAUAUCUGACAGUCUAAAUUUGACCACCCCACUGAGAAUUGUAGUUCUGGACAAAGACAUAGAAGAUGUUCCACCAGGUGGUGUUCCUACAAAAGACCCAGAGGUUCAUCUUUUCCUGAAUGAUUACACCUCAGUCUUCACUGUCACACAGACUGGUAUCACUCGCUACCUCACCUUACUUCAACCAGUGGACCGAGAAGAACAACAGACAUACACCUUUUCAAUGACAGCAUUUGAUGGUGUACAAGAAAGUGAACCAGUUAUUGUCAAUAUUAGAGUGAUGGAUGCAAAUGAUAAUACCCCAACUUUCCCUGAAAUAUCCUAUGAUGUGUAUGUUUACACUGACAUGAGCCCUGGGGACAGUGUAAUUCAGCUCACUGCUGUCGACGCAGACGAAGGGUCAAAUGGGGAGAUCACUUAUGAAAUCCUGGUUGGGGCUCAGGGAGACUUCAUCAUCAAUAAAACAACAGGGCUUAUCACCAUCGCUCCAGGGGUGGAACUGAUAGUCGGCCGGACCUACGCACUCACUGUUCAAGCAGCAGAUAAUGCUCCUCCCGCCGAGAGAAGGCACUCCAUCUGCACUGUGUACAUUGAAGUGCUUCCUCCAAAUAAUCAAAGCCCUCCUCGCUUCCCACAGCUGAUGUAUAGCCUUGAAAUAAGUGAAGCUAUGAGGAUUGGUGCUGUUUUAUUAAAUCUACAGGCAACUGAUCGAGAAGGAGACCCAAUAACAUAUGCCAUUGAGAAUGGUGAUCCUCAGCGAGUUUUCAAUCUUUCAGAAACUACUGGGAUUCUAACCUUAGGAAAAGCACUGGACAGAGAAAGCACCGAUCGCUAUAUUCUGAUUGUCACAGCUUCAGAUGGCAGGCCAGAUGGGGCAACAGACCCAGAUGCUGGAAUAAAUGGCCAAGUAUACUAUAGUUUGGCUAACUUCAAUAAUCUUUUUCGCAUCACGUCUAAUGGAAGCAUUUAUACAUCAGUGAAACUUAACAGAGAAGUCAGGGACUACUACGAACUGGUUGUGGUGGCAACUGAUGGAGCAGUACACCCUCGUCAUUCAACUCUCACACUGGCCAUCAAAGUUUUGGAUAUUGAUGAUAAUAGUCCUGUGUUCACCAAUUCAACUUACACCGUCGUCGUCGAAGAGAAUUUGCCAGCUGGGACCACCUUCCUUCAAAUAGAGGCCAAAGAUGUGGACCUUGGAGCCAAUGUGUCUUAUCGGAUAAGAAGCCCAGAAGUGAAGCACUUUUUUGCCCUCCAUCCAUUUACAGGCGAACUAUCCCUUUUAAGGAGUUUAGACUAUGAAGCAUUUCCAGAACAAGAAGCCACUAUCACUUUUCUGGUGGAAGCCUUUGAUAUUUAUGGAACGAUGCCACCUGGUAUUGCCACUGUUACAGUGAUAGUAAAGGAUAUGAAUGACUAUCCUCCAGUGUUUAGUAAGCGGAUCUACAAAGGCAUGGUGGCCCCAGAUGCAGUGAAAGGUACUCCCAUCACAACUGUGUAUGCUGAAGAUGCAGACCCUCCGGGAUUACCUGCGAGCCGUGUGAGGUAUAGAGUAGAUGAUGUCCAGUUUCCUUACCCUGCUAGCAUUUUUGAUGUUCAAGAAGAUUCUGGAUUGGUAAUAACUCGAGUCAACCUUAAUGAAGAACCCACUACAAUUUUUAAGUUGGUGGUUGUUGCUUUUGAUGAUGGUGAGCCAGUGAUGUCCAGCAGUGCUACAGUGAAAAUUCUUGUGUUACACCCUGGAGAAAUACCACGCUUCACACAGGAGGAAUAUAGACCUCCUCCAGUAAGUGAACUCGCACCCAGAGGAACCAUGGUUGGUGUAAUUUCUGCAGCUGCUAUCAAUCAGAGUAUUGUGUACUCAAUCGUUGCAGGAAAUGAAGAAGGUGCAUUUGGAAUCAAUAACAUCACUGGUGUUAUUUAUGUAAAUGCCCCUUUGGACUAUGAGACAAAAACAAGCUAUGUCCUUCGAGUACAAGCUGAUUCCCUAGAAGUGGUCCUUGCCAAUCUCCGAGUUCCUUCAAAAAGCAAUACAGCCAAAGUGUAUAUCGAGAUUCAGGAUGAAAAUGAUCAUCCUCCAGUGUUUUCAAGAAAAUUCUACAUUGGAGGAGUAUCUGAAGAUGCAAGAAUGUUUACCUCUGUGCUUAGAGUAAAGGCUACUGACGUAGAUACUGGCAAUUAUAGUGCCAUGGCCUACAGACUUAUAAUACCACCAAUUAAAGAAGGGAAAGAAGGAUUUGUGGUGGAAACAUAUACAGGACUUAUCAAAACGGCUAUGCUCUUCCAUAACAUGAGAAGAUCUUACUUCAAGUUUCAAGUUAUUGCAACUGAUGACUAUGGGAAGGGGUUAAGUAGCAAAGCCGAUGUACUUGUUUCUGUUGUCAACCAAUUGGAUAUGCAAGUCAUUGUUUCUAAUGUACCCCCUACUCUGGUGGAAAAAAAAAUAGAAGAUCUGACAGAGAUUUUGGAUCGCUACGUUCAGGAGCAAAUUCCUGGUGCCAAGGUUGUGGUGGAGUCCAUUGGUGCUCGCCGACAUGGAGAUGCCUUUUCCCUAGAAGAUUACACCAAAUGUGAUUUGACUGUCUAUGCAAUCGACCCUCAAACCAACAGGGCCAUUGAUAGAAAUGAGCUUUUUAAAUUUUUGGAUGGCAAGCUGCUCGAUAUCAAUAAGGACUUUCAGCCGUAUUAUGGAGAAGGAGGACGCAUUCUGGAGAUCCGGACCCCAGAGGCAGUGACCAGCAUUAAAAAGCGAGGAGAAAGCCUGGGUUACACAGAGGGGGCCCUACUGGCCCUGGCCUUCAUAAUCAUCCUGUGCUGUAUUCCUGCCAUCUUGGUAGUUUUGGUCAGCUAUAGACAGUUUAAAGUACGCCAAGCAGAGUGCACCAAGACAGCCCGGAUCCAGUCAGCUCUUCCUGCAGCCAAACCAGCAGCUCCAGCCCCAGCUCCAGUAGCCGCACCCCUGCCUCCACCACCACCUCCUGGGGCUCACCUCUAUGAAGAACUUGGGGACAGCACCAUGCAUAAGUAUGAAAUGCCUCAGUAUGGAAGUCGCCGUCGUUUGUUACCACCAGCUGGACAGGAGGAAUAUGGUGAAGUGGUUGGUGAAGCUGAAGAGGAAUAUGAAGAGGAGGAGGAAAAGCCAAAGAAAAUUAAGAAACCAAAAGUUGAAGUUAUAGAACCUAGUGAGGAAGAAGAAGUAGUUGUAACUGUUGAAAAGCCGCCAGUUACUGAACCUACAUACACAACAUGGAAGAGAGCCAGGAUAUUCCCAAUGAUAUAUAAGAAAGUAAGAGGACUGGCAGAUAAAAGAGGUAUCAUUGACCUUGAGGCUGAAGAGUGGCAGAGGCGUCUUGAGGAAGAAGAUAAAGAUUAUUUGAGACUAACUCUGGAUCAAGACGAAGCUACAGAAAGUACAGUAGAGUCAGAAGAGGAAUCUUCAGACUACACUGAAUACACUGAAACUGAAUCAGAGUUUAGUGAAUCUGAGACAACAGAAGAAGAAUCUGAGUCAGAAACACCCUCUGAGGUAGAGGAGAGCUCUACUCCUGAAUCAGAAGAAUCUGAAUCCACAGAAUCAGAAGGAGAAAAGGCAAGGAAAAACAUUGUGCUUGCAAGGAGAAGACCUGUUGUUGAAGAAGUCCAAGAAGUCAAAGGUCGAAAAGAGAAGCCACCUGAAGAAGAACCUGAGGCAGAGGGAGAAGGAGAACACCCAGGAGAAGGAGAGGAAAGUGAACUGGCCCCACAGGAGGAAUCCACAGAUCUUGAAACUCAAGAUGUCACUGAAGAGGGCAGUGUAGGUUCAGCAUCUGUGGAAGGAGGUGUGGAAAGUGAAGGAGAAUCAGAAUCAGCCAGUGGUAGCAGUAGUAGUGAGAGUCAGACUGGAGGUCCGUGGGGCAUUCAGGUGCCGCAAUAUGACACAAGCAAGAAUGCAAACCAAAAGAAGACUCCAGGAGCAAAUGCUGAAGGUUACAACACAGCACUUUAA